AUGAGAAAGAGAACCAAAUGUUAGUUUAUAGAACAAGAAGCCUCUGAAGGUUAUAGUAGUGAAGAAGAGGAUGAUCCAAAAUUUGAGAUAAAUAGAAAGGAAGCUGAAAGAUAAUUGAAGGAAAUUCAGAGUAGGAGAGCAUAAGCUAAGGAAAGAUUGAAUAAAAGACUUCAAGAACUAAUGGAAUAAGAUGCUAUAGAUGAGACUCAAAAUAACAGUGAUUACAGUAGUAAUGUGAAUGAUUAAGAUGAUGAGGAUUAAGAUGAUGAUGAUGAUGAUGAUACAUUAAAAGGAGGACCUAAGUUAAAUGAUCCAAAAGUUUGGAGGUUCAAAUGUGGUAGAUCGAUUUUGGAAGUAUAAAGAAUACUAGAAAUCUCAAAUUUAUUGCCAAAAAAUAGUCCGAUUGUAUCUGUAUUUUAUACUCCAAAUGUUAAAGGUUUUAUUUUUUUUGAAUCUUUCUUCGAAAAUGAUGUUAAGGAAUUCAUGAGGUCCAUAAUGUAUGGAUAACCUAUAUAUAUUUAACCUGAAGAUUGUGAUAGUUUAUUAGAAAUAAAAAAAAAUAACAAUAUUUAAGUUGGCUAAUGGGUAAGAUUUAAAAAUCAUAAAAACUAUGGGAAAGAUUUAGGAAAAGUAUUAAGAGUGAAUUUAAUAUAAAACUUUGCUAUAAUAAAAGUGAUAAAGAGAAAUAAGUAAGGUCAAAAAGAACCAAUUUCAUGGUAAAGAACUAGACAAUAAACUAAUCAGAUUGAAACUACUAAUCAAUCUGAAUUCAUUUAUUCUGAUAUUGAAAAAGAAUACAAGUGUGCUAAAAUUGAUGGGUUCAAUCUAUUAAGGUGUCCACUUAAAAAUAUUGAACAUAAUAUUACAAUAACUGAUGAGGAAUUACAAAUGUUUUUCCCAGAUGUGGUUGAUCGAAAGAUUCUUGUCUAAUAGGCUAAAAGAGAAAUACUUAGAAGAGUGGAUGUACAAUUUAAGGAAGGACAAAAAGUCAGAUUAAUAGGGGAAGAUGAUCUCAAUAAAGGUCCUAAGUUCAAAAUAAUGAAAAUAUUUGAUGAUCAAAUGAUAGAACUUAUGUGUAAGAAAGAUAACCGAGAAUACACAUAUCUAGUUCAUGCAUCGGAAAUCCGAUUAGCUUUUAAAUUAUAUUAGGAAGCAAAAGUUAUAGAUGGUCCUCACAAAGGAGAUGUAGGUGUUAUUAUAUGUAUCAAAUAAGGUUAUGUUGUGCUUUCAAAUUAGCAUGGCACUUUCAAAGUACCUCACAGUGUAUUAUAAUUUGGAUAUAAGAAUUUUUAAACUGAUAAUUCUUUAGUCAAAUUUGGGAACAAUGACUUUUAAAUUGGUUGUGUUAUUCAAUAAAAGUUGUAAUCUGCUGUUGUUUUGGAUAUCAAUAAUGAGGUUUAAGAAAUAAGAAAUGAGAAACUAGAAAUUCUCACAAUAAAUGGAGUUGAAAUGAAUGAAUAAGGUGAAACAUUCAGAAUUAAUGAUAAUGUAAUAAUCAUAUCAGGCUAGUAUGCUAAUAAAUUUGGAUUAGUCAAACAUUGUAUAAAUGGUAAACUAUAUUUAUUUAAUCAUUUGUUUCCUUACCAAAUUAUUCUUGAGAGUGCAAAUAAUUGUAAAAUGGUAUUUAGUAAGCAAAACAAACCAAAAUAGAAUGACUAGAUGUGUUUGACUGGAUAAAUUUGUCAACUAAAAAUAGGAUAAUGGUAGGGAUAUCGAGGACAAAUUGUUUAAAUAAAAUCUGGAUACUUAAUUGUUUAAUUGUCUGCUAACAAUACGAAAGUGAAAGUGUCAGAAAAAGAUAUUCUUUUAUUAUGA